GUACAGCGCGCAAGUGACAAAAGUUGUGGCGCGCUCCCAUCAUGGUUGGUUUUGCGAGUAUCCUCUAAUGUGCUCUUAAUUCUAAUCCUUUUAAUCGCGAAAGUUUGCUGGAUGCCUAGGUAUUAGAAGUUUACUUCCUCUAAAUACAAAACAGCGCAAUGUCCAAGAUCGACGAAACCAUUCCAUCGCGUAACAUCGAAAUCAAGGCAAAAAUCCCUAACGAGGAAACAUUCCGGCGAUUGGUUGAGGUUGCCAAACAGUUGACCGGUUCCGGCGGCGAAAUCAUCAAGCAACACGACGUGUUCUUCAACGCGGAAAAAAGUCGUCUGAAGUUGCGCUAUCUCGAGACCAAAAAAUCUGAACUAAUUCAGUACUUCCGCCCAGAUGUAGAAGGUCCGAAACUGUCUACUUAUCACAAAAUCGAUCUGGACGAGCCGAAGCUGAUGGAGAAGAUUUUGGCCGAAAGCAUCGGUAUCAAGGGAGAGGUCAAGAAACAUCGGCACCUGUUCCUGCACGGUCAAACUCGCAUACACUUAGACGAUGUGGAAGCGUUGGGCUACUUUUUGGAAUUCGAAGUCGUUUUGCGACCGGAACAAAGCUUAGAUGAUGGAACAAUAAUUGCUGAUGAAAUGAUGAAACAGUUCGGAAUCGAAGAGAAAGAUUUAAUUCAGGGAGCGUACAUGGACAAAUUGUUGAAAUAAAAAGAAUCUUUGUAUUUAAUUUA